CUUCGUUUUAUCUUACGCCAAAAAAAAGUGCUCCUCUUUGGAAUCCUUUGUUUUCCUCUUAGUCCAAGUUGAACGACAACAUCAUCUUCUUCUUCUUUUAUAUUAUUAUUAACAGUUAAAUCCCUGCUUAGGGUCUAAUUACCUUUGUUGUUUUCUUCUUUGAAUGUACCAAGUUGUUGGGUAAUUAUCAAAUAUCAGUAGUAAUUUCCAGUUGAUCACUCUUUUCCUUUGUUUUAAACUGUAUCUUGGAUUUCAAGGUUGAAAUUGAAGUAGAAACUAAAGCUUUAGCAUGGCAAUUAUCUGUUGUUGUAUCCACAUCAGGGAUCAUGAAGACGAGAUUCCAACUUCUCAUAUUCGUAGCAGUCUCAAACGCAUCAUCCGUACCUUAGUGCGCAAGCAUACAGAACUAUUCGGCAAUGGGCAAUCGGAUGCCCCCGUUUCAACUGCUCAAGUGGCAUCCCCUUUGAGUUUUGAUGUUGCAUCCGACGAUAUACAGCUUGACACUGCCACAACUCCUCCAAGACCCUUGCAUUUUGCUGCUGAUGCCACACGCCCCAGUCAGCAACAGGAUGGACAAGUUAGAGAACACAAGAAUAACCAAGUAAUUGACCUGGAACAUGCUAGUAAAGGAAACGAAUCAGCUGAGCUUAAAUGCGAAGGGAUAUCAACAGCAUGCUGUUCAGAGCCACAAUUGAAGUUCUCAUCUGAGAAAUCUGAAGCUGAAGUUGCUCGUGCCUGUGAAGAAUCGGAAGAUGAUGUUUGUCCCACAUGUCUUGAAGAGUACAUCCCUGACAACCCAAGGAUAGUUCUUCGAUGUUCCCAUAGUUACCACCUUGGUUGCAUAUAUGAGUGGAUGGAGAGAUCAGAAAACUGUCCAAUCUGUGGCAUGGUGAUGGAAUUUCAUGAAGCAGCUUGACAACAUUGGAUUACACAUGAGACAUCCAAAAGCCGAUCGAAGAUCAUGAACAGAUGAUUUUGGAAUUAGUUUAUUAAAAGUUUUCCCCUUGUUCAAAAUUGAUGAGAAAGAACUACAGGUUGUAUGUACCAUUGCAAGAAGCAUAUGCUUAUUCUUUAUUAUUAUUAUUAUUAAAGAAAGAAAAAAUUGACAGACAAAUU